UUUGAUAAGAGUAGGUAAAAAAAUGUUAAACACUCUUUUUUUUUGUAUUAAGUUCAAAAAUAAUAAAAUUUUUAAGAAACUGUAUUUUUUUCAAUGUUGUAACAACUUAGAUUUUUAAACAUGUGUAGUGUAUUAAGAACCUUUAAAGAUCUUACAGUUAUUCAAAAACUUAUGAAUAUAUAUACAAGACCAAUAAUUAAAACUAAAAAAGAAAUUCAUUCAUCUACACUAUUUCGCGAUAAGUCCCAAAAAACCGAUGUAGUAAGUGCUGAUAGUUUUAAUAAUGUUAAAGAGAAGACAAAAAGUACAUAUUUGGAUAUGCUGAGAAUGUAUCAAAUGGAAAGAUACCGCAGUGGACAUGUAGAAUUUAUUAAUACAGCAAUAAAACAUAUGGAAGAGUUUGGGGUAGCUGAAGAUAUUGAAACCUAUAAAAAAUUAAUUCAAGUAUUACCCGCUGGUAAAUUUGUGCCUCAAAAUUAUCUGCAAUCAGAAUUUAUGCAUUACCCAAAACAUCAACAAUGUAUCAUUGAUUUAUUGCAAAAAAUGGAAGAUAAUGGUGUGAUACCAGAUUGGGAAAUGGAAGAUAUGCUAAUUAAAAGAUUUGGUCCUCGUGGUUUUCCAGUGAGACGUUAUUGGCGAAUGAUGUAUUGGAUGCCAAAAUUUAAUAACUUAUCACCAUGGCCAAUUCCUAAGCCAGCACCAAAUGACCCUUAUGAAUUGGCAUUAUUGGCUGUGAAAAGAAUUUGUAGUGUAGAUGUAGAGUCUGAAGUUAAGGUCUAUAACACCAAAAAUUUAGAAGAAAAUUUUGAAGAUACUUGGAUUGUUAGUGGACAAAGUGCAGACCAAAAAAAAUUAAUUGCGAAUCAGUCUGAAAAUGUUCCAAUUUACAUAGAAGGAGGUUUUAGACUAUGGCUAAGGAAACAAAACAUUCUGUAUUUCAUUCUAAGAACUGAGCCACCAAUAAAACCUAAGCAAGUUGUUGAUGAAGAUGAUGUAAGUAAUUUUAAAGUGCCAUUUUUUGAUAAACCUAUUAAUACAUCUGAUAAAGUUGUGGUGAAACAAACUGUUCAUGAACAAGAAGAUGGAACUAUAUUAGCUGUUUGUGCAACUGGCACUUCUAGUAAAAAUUCUUUACUUUCUUGGAUUAGAUUUCUAGAACAAGAUGGCAAUCCUAGACUUUCUAAAUUACCAAUAUUGUUCAUGAGUAAAUCCCCUCUUGGAAAUGUUGAACCAUUGUCAGAACUUUUAGAUCAGGAACACAAAAAUGAGUCAGAUAAAAAAAUGUUUAUAGAAAAAUGAAAUGUUAACUGUUGUAUUAAUGCAUAAUAAUAAAAUAAAAACAUUGUACAAAAUAAUA